AUGCAUCUGAUCCUUACCGGUGCGACCGGCCUAGUCGGCUCUGCCGUGCUGGAUGCCAUGCUCAACAACAGCGCCAUCUCCAAAAUCUCAAUUUUGAGCAGAAGACCAGUACAGAUGGCAGAGGAUGCAAAGGACCCACGAGUAAACUUCAUCAGUCACAAAGACUUCGAAUCAUAUUCACCAGAGUUACUUGAGCAAUUGAAAGAUGCCGACGGUUGUGUUUGGGCCCUGGGAACGAGUCAAAACAACGUGAACAAAGAACAAUAUAUCAAGAUCACAAAGGACUAUGCCCUAGCUGCCGCCAAAGCAUUUUCCACUCUCAAACCCUCCAACCCUCCUUUCCGUUUUAUCCAUGUGUCAGGCGAAGGAGCCACACAAGAUCCAGGAUAUUUUUCACCAAUUUUCGCCAGAACCAAGGGUGAAGUUGAAUCUCUACUUGGAGACCUGUCAGCAAAAGACCCGAACGCUUUCAGAGCUGACAGCGUGAGGCCCGCGUUUGUUGACCCGGAAGUCCAUCAUGCGAUCAAACCUUAUGUUCCCGGUGUCAGCUUCGUGCAAAAACUUUCCGUUACCCUCCUUGGUCCUGGAAUCAAGUAUAUUUACAAGUCCAUGCAUUCACCCACCAACUAUCUCGGUCCCUUCUUGACGGAGAUGGCUAUGGGUCGAAUGGAUGCGAAAUUGUCUGGAUCGGGAACUUUCGAGCUUGGUGGUGGCUGGGUUGUGGAGAACAAGGGUAUGCGAAGAAUGUUGGGUCUGUGA